CAUGUGAAGCAGAUUAAAGCGCGUGACAUACCAAAUGCAGAGGAACUCUUCUAGAUUUUCUGUCAUGAUGUUCGUGUCCUUGCUGCUCGCUUUUUUUCUGACUGGAUUUUCUCAGUCGAGUAUUGCUGUUGAUGUUGGUCAGUUGAAGACAGUAGUGCAAGAUCCUGGGGUUGAUGAUGAUGCCUGUGGAUGCACCAAAGAACCGACUACACAGUGUGGCUGCUGCCAAAAAUUUGAUUUUCAACAAAAAGAACACUCAGCCUGUAUGAACAUGACAUAUUUAGCGGGGGAAAAAGCGUUAGAAUUUACGGGGACUUUAGAUGACAAGGUUCUGUUAAACGAAACCCUCUCAGCAAGAAAUCCUCCUCCUUUUUGUGAAGGGGUUUGCCCAAUUUCGUGCAUCUGCCUUCAGUAUUACAACAUCUCGUACGGUGAUGAGGGCAAGUGGGGUGGAUGCCUGAAGAUCUAUGCUGAUCUCCUGGUACCACUCUUUACUCUUGAUUUUGGCUGCUUUGAUCUGCCAGUCCAAGAACACCAGGACCAGUGGAAAGCUUCGAACAAGCAGGGAAACUCGCUGUUACUCUUUAGCUCUAAGAAGUCAAAGGAUCAAAUUUUGAAAAAGACUCAGCAGUGGUUCCUGAAAAUGCUUGGCAAAGACACGACAAAGUCGCUUCAAAAGAAAAAAAAUCCACUUGAUUUCCUUUUCAACAAUCGUGUGGAUUAGAAUUCUGAUUUGUCAAACCAAACAGGUAGAUGAAUGUGUGAUAGACAGAUUGAUACUCUAAUCGGUAAUAAGACUCUUUGCAGUCUAGACAUUAACACUAAUUAUAAGUGAAAGUAAAGAGAACUUAGCUAAUGAUAAACUGAAUGGAAUAAAAAAGAAGGAAGUGAUGCGAGCCUCUUUACUUAGAUACUUGGAAAGUAAAGGGAAAACUCGAUAUCCUCAAAUGCACACUCUCAUUUGUGUUUUCCUCAUUGAUGGCGGUGUUACAAGCCUAAAGAAAAUAUCUGAAUAAAAUGUGUAACUGAC